AUUAAACAAGUGCAUCGAGUGCAAAACUAUGCUCGUCCACUUAAAUUGCCGUUUUCAAAAUUUCCGUGCCUCCCGCUAAAACGGCUUGUCUUCCAAACACCGAACUACACUUCUCGAAAUCACUCUCAAGUCUCAAGAACCAAAGCUAGAAGAGCUGGAAGAAGAAGAACGACUCGCUUUUCUGAUCCAAAAAUGUCCAAACAUGCGAAUCCUCCGCCAAAUCCACGCUCGUCUCCUCACUUAUCUCCUUCCCGUCGCUCCCAUCUCCUUCCCUCUCAGCAAACUAGUCGGCUUCUGCGCUCUUUCUCCUCUUGGCGACAUCGACUACGCGCGACGAGUCUUCUCACAAAUCCCUAACCCAAGCAUAUUCGCUUGGAAUUCCAUGAUAAGGGGUUAUUCCCAAAUUGAAAGCCCAUCAAAAGAACCCUUUUCCUUCUUCAAAAGAUUGAUCAGAAGGGGUUACCCCAACCCCAACACCUUCACCGCGGCUUUUGUCCUUAAGGCGUGCUCUGUGGUGUCGGCCUUCGGAGAAGGACGGCAGGUUCAUGCCGGUGUUCUGCGAUCUGGGUUGCUCACAAGCCCCUUUGUGCAGACCGCGUUGGUCAAUUUCUAUGCGAAAUGUGAAGAGAUUGGGUUUGCAAGAAAUAUGUUUGAUGAAAUUCCUGAGAGAAAUUUGGUUGCCUGGAGUACGAUGAUUAGUGGGUAUGCGAGAAUUGGGUCAGUGAAUGAGGCUUUGAGUCUGUUUAGGUUAAUGCAGAAGGAGAGUAUUGUUCCAGAUGAGGUUACAAUGGUUAGCGUUAUUUCUGCCUGCGCAGCAUGGGGGGCUUUAGAUAUUGGAAGAUGGGUGCAUGCAUUUGUCGAGAAGAAUUCAAUCAAAACUGAUCUUGAGCUUAGCACCGCGUUGGUCAAUAUGUAUGCAAAAUGUGGUUGUAUAGAGAGAGCAAAGGACGUUUUCAGUAAGAUGCCAGUGAAAGAUACGAAAGCAUGGAGCUCGUUGAUUGUGGGAUUGGCAAUUCAUGGGCUUGCCAAGGAUGCAUUGGAGACCUUUUCUAGGAUGGAGGAAGCCAAGGUGAAACCUAACCAUGUAACCUUCAUUGGUGUUCUGUCUGCUUGUGCCCACAGUGGGCUAGUUUCUGAGGGUCGGAGAUAUUGGUCUGGCAUGCUCAAAGCAGGUAUUGAACCAUCAAUGGAGCAUUACGGUUGUAUGGUUGAUCUACUCUGCCGAGCCAGCCUUGUUGAUGAGGCAUACAUCCUUGUUGAAACCAUGCCACUUGCACCAAACCCAAUAAUAUGGCGAACACUACUUGUGGGUUGCAAGAAGAAUAGGGUUUUGGAUAAAGGUGAAAUAGUUGCAGAGCGGCUUCUAGAAUUAGAACCACUUAAUGCAGAGAACUAUAUCCUCCUCUCAAAUCUGUAUGCGUCAGUUUUGGAUUGGGAGAAGGUAAGCCAUGUGAGGAAGAAAAUGAAAGAGAGAGGCAUUAAGACUGCACCUGGUUGCAGCUCCAUUGAAAUUGAUGGAUUUGUGCAUGAGUUUGUCCUGGGGGAUUGGUCACACCCUGAGAUGAAGGAGAUAAGGGAGGUUCUGAGAGAAAUCUCUGAACGGGUGCGCAAGGCUGGUCACAAACCAUGGACUUCAGCAGUAUUGCACGAUUUCGGUGAGGAAGAGAAAGAGACUGCUCUCUGCGAGCAUAGUGAGAGGCUGGCAAUUGCUUAUGGGUUAUUGAAGACUAAAGCACCAGUUGUUAUUAGGAUAGUAAAGAAUCUAAGGGUUUGUGAUGACUGUCAUGAAGUGACAAAGAUCAUCAGUGAAGUGUACAAGCGAGAGAUCAUUGUAAGGGACCGGGUUAGGUUCCACAAAUUUGUUGAUGGCACUUGCUCUUGUAGGGAUUACUGGUGAAUGUGAUGUUGCUCUCUCAAGGGUGACUUGCUAUGGGAAAACGUGCUCAUUAACACAGGAGCCUCCUAAAUCCAAAUGUACCUAAUUUGGGAAUUUAUUUAAUUAGUGUGGGCCAUUACUAAGAGAGACAAUCGUAAGAGCAAGAAAGCAGAAGCAGAACGUCCCUCAUUGAACAGAUUUCAAGGAACAAAUGUGGCAAAUAAGAUAGCAAAUAUUAGUUGAUCAGGAUACAGGGAGAUGGACCAGAUGAUUUCUUGGGAUUUUCUAGUGCUCAAAUUUCCAAAUACUGCUGUUCAUUGGAAUUCCCUGGGCCAUCCACAUGACCUUCAUGGUUAUAUUUAUUCUUUCAUAUCUGUUGUUUGGAUGAAAUUCCAAUGCUUUGUGUGGGAAAACAUGGAGAAAUUCAUACCAUAUAAUAUUAUUUUCAUCUCAUUACUC